ACAACUUCAAUUUUUCCCUCGAGGUACUCCGCAUCCGAUCAAACUUCUCUUCUCGUUUCCUUUACAACGACGUUCAUAAGCUAAAAGACUAGACUGGACAAACAUCCUUGAUAGACUUGCACGCUUUACGCACACGAUAUCCAACCUACGCUUCCGAUACCGCAUUCAAACCUAUCAAGAGAACAAAAUGGUCGUCCCAGUCACCGAGUUCGUCAUCUUCAAAUUGAAACGCUCCGUAAAACCAGAAGACCACUCAAACGAAGAAGGCGCAUCCCUAUGCAAGAUCUUCUCCGCGACAAAGCAACAAAGCGGACACCAGAGCUCCGCAUGGGGAAGGACAGUCGAGGAUGAGAAUGUCGUGGUGUGGGCAGUCGUCUGGGAAGACUCCCACGCCAAAUGCCAAGCAGAUCUCCUCACCCCAUACCUCGAACCAAACUCGAAGGUCCUCUCGUUCUACACAACGCUUACCCCAUCCCCCUCUGAAACGGAGACUUUUACCACGAACCCGGUAACGGAGCUGGCGACGUUGACUUUCCCCAGUUCGCUGAAUCCCGAGGAGCAGAGGAAGCUCAAUUCGGAUCUGAUCAAUCUCCGCGUGGCGCUGACAGAGAAGCUGGACGAGAAAUCGCGGGCGAAGUCCUGGACUAUGGCGCAGGUCCACCGGCCUGGGACAUUCCAGCAUCCGAAGAGUCCGUCUGGGGAGGCAUUCGUCUAUCUUCUUGCGGUGGGAUGGGAGAGCGUGGGUGCCCAUAUGGCAGCCAGGGAGGCCAAGGAGUUUGGGGAGUCCAUCCAGCCGAUUCGAGAGAAGAUGCUUCCUGCUGUGGAGGGACUGGGCAUGAAACAUGUCAGCUUCAAGAAGAUCUGAUUCCUCGUGAAGCAAAAUGUUGCGUUAGAUUGCAUGAGUGGGCGAGCGCAAGGAGGAAAAUAGAAGAACACAUGGAUUACUAUGAGUACUGGAGUGAUACGCAGAGGAAAACGCAGCGCCUUAGAAAGUAAAGUACAACGCAGAAUAUACCCGAGAGAAACAUCAAAGCCUCCAAGGAACAUAGCAGACUUUUG